CAUGUUGCCCAGGCUGGUCUCGAUCCUCCAGCCUCGGCCUCCCAGAGUACUGAGAUUACAGGCGGAAGCGCCCGGCCCCUAGGGCUAUUUUUUGAUAAUUGGCCUCGACCCUCCUCACCUACUCCUUCCUUAGCCAAAUCUACUGAGAAAAGACUUGGAGGGGGACUCCCCCUCCACCCCUCCGUGGGCAAACUCCUGACGGACUGUAAGACCUUGGCCGCCCUCUCGCCUGGCCUGGGUCCCUCGAAUGAAUGUACAUCCGCCAACUGCGCGCCCCCUCCCACCGCAGCCCCGCGCGGGGCCCCAGGAUCGCAGGACCGCGGCGGCCGCAGGGAGGUGGGUUGGGAACAGGAAGGAAGUCCCCCUCGAUGCCCCGCGGGAUGGCUGACCCUUCCGGGCGGCAGACGGACCUUGGUCUCCGAGCCUCCCCUUCGCGAUGCGGAGGACGCGGGACAGAGGCCACCAUGUUCAGCCAGCAGCAGCAGCAGCAGCUCCAGCAACAGCAGCAGCAGCUCCAGCAGUUACAGCAGCAGCAGCUCCAGCAGCAGCAAUUGCAGCAGCAGCAGUUACUGCAGCUCCAGCAGCUGCUCCAGCAAUCCCCACCACAGGCCCCGUUGCCCAUGGCUGUCAGCCGGGGGCUCCCCCCGCAGCAGCCACAGCAGCCGCUUCUGAAUCUCCAGGGCACCAACUCAGCCUCCCUCCUCAACGGCUCCAUGCUGCAGAGAGCUUUGCUUUUACAGCAGUUGCAAGGACUGGACCAGUUUGCAAUGCCACCAGCCACGUAUGACACUGCCGGUCUCACCAUGCCCACAGCAACACUGGGUAACCUCCGAGGCUACGGCAUGGCAUCCCCAGGCCUCGCAGCCCCCAGCCUGACAGCCCCCAGCCUCACACCCCCACAACUGGCCACUCCAAAUUUGCAACAGUUCUUUCCCCAGGCCACUCGCCAGUCCUUGCUGGGACCUCCUCCUGUUGGGGUCCCCAUGAACCCUUCCCAGUUCAACCUUUCAGGACGGAACCCCCAGAAACAGGCCCGGACCUCCUCCUCUACCACCCCCAAUCGAAAGGAUUCUUCUUCUCAGACAAUGCCUGUGGAAGACAAGUCAGACCCCCCAGAGGGGUCUGAGGAAGCCGCAGAGCCCCGGAUGGACACACCAGAAGACCAAGAUUUACCGCCCUGCCCAGAGGACAUCGCCAAGGAAAAACGCACUCCAGCACCUGAGCCUGAGCCUUGUGAGGCGUCCGAGCUGCCAGCAAAGAGAUUGAGGAGCUCAGAAGAGCCCACAGAGAAGGAACCUCCAGGGCAGUUACAGGUGAAGGCCCAGCCGCAGGCCCGGAUGACAGUACCGAAACAGACACAGACACCAGACCUGCUGCCUGAGGCCCUGGAAGCCCAAGUGCUGCCACGAUUCCAGCCACGGGUCCUGCAGGUCCAGGCCCAGGUGCAGUCACAGGCUCAGCCGCGGAUACCACCCACAGACACCCAGGUGCAGCCAAAGCUGCAGAAGCAGGCGCAAACACAGACCUCUCCAGAGCACUUAGUGCUGCAACAGAAGCAGGUGCAGCCACAGCUGCAGCAGGAGGCAGAGCCACAGAAGCAGGUGCAGCCACAGGUACAGCCACAGGCACAUUCACAGGGCCCAAGGCAGGUGCAGCUGCAGCAGGAGGCAGAGCCGCUGAAGCAGGUGCAGCCACAGGUGCAGCCCCAGGCACAUUCACAGCCCCCAAGGCAGCUGCAGCUGCAGCUGCAGAAGCAGGUCCAGACACAGACAUAUCCACAGGUCCACACACAGGCACAGCCAAGCGUCCAGCCACAGGAGCAUCCUCCAGCGCAGGUGUCAGUACAGCCACCAGAGCAGACCCAUGAGCAGCCUCACACCCAGCCACAGGUGUCGUUGUUGGCUCCAGAGCAAACACCAGUUGUGGUUCCUGUCUGCGGGCUGGAGAUGCCACCUGAUGCAGUAGAAGCUGGUGGAGGCAUGGAAAAGACCUUGCCGGAGCCUGUGGGCACCCAAGUCAGCAUGGAAGAGAUUCAGAAUGAGUCGGCCUGUGGCCUAGAUGUGGGAGAAUGUGAAAACAGAGCGAGAGAGAUGCCAGGGGUAUGGGGCGCCGGGGGCUCCCUGAAGGUCACCAUUCUGCAGAGCAGUGACAGCCGGGCCUUUAGCACUGUACCCCUGACACCUGUCCCCCGCCCCAGUGACUCCGUCUCCUCCACCCCUGCGGCUACCAGCACUCCCUCUAAGCAGGCCCUCCAGUUCUUCUGCUACAUCUGCAAGGCCAGCUGCUCCAGCCAGCAGGAGUUCCAGGACCACAUGUCGGAGCCUCAGCACCAGCAGCGGCUAGGGGAGAUCCAGCACAUGAGCCAAGCCUGCCUCCUGUCCCUGCUGCCCGUGCCCCGGGACGUCCUGGAGACAGAGGAUGAGGAGCCUCCACCAAGGCGCUGGUGCAACACCUGCCAGCUCUACUACAUGGGGGACCUGAUCCAACACCGCAGGACACAGGACCACAAGAUUGCCAAACAAUCCUUGCGACCCUUCUGCACCGUUUGCAACCGCUACUUCAAAACCCCUCGCAAGUUUGUGGAGCACGUGAAGUCCCAGGGGCAUAAGGACAAAGCCAAGGAGCUGAAGUCGCUUGAGAAAGAGAUUGCUGGCCAAGAUGAGGACCACUUCAUUACAGUGGACGCUGUGGGUUGCUUCGAGGGUGAUGAAGAAGAGGAAGAGGAUGAUGAGGAUGAAGAAGAGAUCGAGGUUGAGGAGGAACUCUGCAAGCAGGUGAGGUCCAGAGAUAUAUCCAGAGAGGAGUGGAAGGGCUCGGAGACCUACAGCCCCAAUACUGCAUAUGGUGUGGACUUCCUGGUGCCCGUGAUGGGCUAUAUCUGCCGCAUCUGCCACAAGUUCUAUCACAGCAACUCAGGGGCACAGCUCUCCCACUGCAAGUCCCUGGGCCACUUUGAGAACCUGCAGAAAUACAAGGCGGCCAAGAACCCCAGCCCCACCACCCGACCUGUGAGCCGCCGGUGCGCAAUCAACGCCCGGAACGCUUUGACAGCCCUGUUCACCUCCAGCGGCCGCCCACCCUCCCAGCCCAACACCCAGGACAAAACACCCAGCAAGGCCCUUUGAACAUGCUGCUGUCUCUGCCUGGAAUGUGCUGGGUCCUCCCAUCUUCCUUCCCUUCUCUCCUCCUGGAUGAGUCCCACUCAUCCUUCAAGUCUCAGUAUGGAUGUCACCACCGGGAGCCCACCCAAUGCCCCAGACUGGAUCAGGCCUCUAUGCUGAGCCCCUAGCCCUCCUCAGCCCUCCACGACCUUCUCUCCAGGAUUGACUGCUGUGCUUAUCUGAGUGCUGUUCUGUUUCCCCACGAAAGAUGAACGGUCCUGUGUUCGCUGCUGGCUCCCUGGUGCCCUCACAGUUUUGCGAUAAGCAUUUGUUGAAUGACUGAGUGAGUGAAUGAAUGAAGCCUCUGACUUUCCAGCCUCUCCGCCAUUGCUCAACUAUCCCUGCAACCUAGAAUGCCUCAACCACAACGGCCCUUCAAGGACCAGCUCAAAAUGCCUCCUCCAAGAAGCCUUCCCUGGUCUCCACUAGAAACCAUCACUCCCUCCCCUCCACGGCCACUCCAGAGCUGCCCUGCUCAGCAACACAGUGUCCCUGAGGACUCAAGGUCUGGGCCUGUGCCCACUGCGGGACCCAGUUCUGAGCCAGCCCAUGACUCACAUACACUCAGCUGCCAGCUUGAGACCAAGGGGGAAGCAGCCGGUGGAGGAGCUGGAGGAGCGUAUCUGGGUUAUGGGUGCAUAUGUGCCUGUGUUCUGGGAAAGGGCACCCGUUGCCUAGAGCCAGCCACCCUCACAGACGACAGCGUCCUGGGAAAUCGGCUGCAUCUUAAAGUCCAACCCCCUCAUGGUAUAUAGCUAGGGAAACCGAGGCCUCAGAAGGAAGGAAUCUGCCCAGGGUCCUCCAGGUUGGUAACAGCCGAAACUCAGGAUUGGACUUGGGGGUCAGGGGCACUUGGGUUUGAAUUUCAGCUCUGCUUUACCCCAGCAAGUUGUACCUUUCUGGAAAAAAGGGAAAAUAAAAAAGGUUGUGAGGAUUCAAACAUAUCAAGAGUUCAGACAGUGGCCGGUGUGGUGGCUCACGCCUGUAAUCCCAGUACUUUGGGAAGCCAAGGUGGGUGGAUCACCUGAGGUCAGGAGUUCAAGACCAGCCUAGCCGACAUGGUGAAACAUUGUCUCUACUAAAAAUGUAUAAAAAUUAGCCAGGCGUGGUGGCAGGCGCCUGUAGUCCCAGCUACUCGGGAGGCUGAGGCAUGAGAAUCGCUUGAACCCGGAAGGCGGAGGUUGCAGUGAGCCAAGAUCACGCCACUGUACUCCAGCCUGGGCAACAGAGCAAGACUCCGACUCAAAAAAAAAAAAAAGUUCAGACAGGAUCUGGCCACAGCAAGUACUUAGUGGAUGGUCAUUAUUAUCAAUAUUUGGAACUCUGUGUCCUGGGAUACAGGCUAGGAGGAGGAACUGGGGAGGCAGGUGCCCCACACCCCUCCAGGCCAGGCUUUAUCUGUGUCAAGGGUACUUACCAGUUCCAAGCCUUUGCUUCUGCCUGGGACACCACCCUCCUCCCCACUGUUCUAAGUCCUGUCUGCCAACAUCCACUUAAUGUGACCUCCUGGGAAGCUCUUCCUGAUGCUCCCAACAGCAUUGCCCAAUGCAGAGCUACCUGAAACUAUUGUGAUGGAUGUACAACCCUGGGAAUCCACAAAAGCCUACUGAACUGUACAGUUUAAAUGGGUAAGUUGUAUAGCUCAAUAAAGCUGUUACCCCAAACAAAACAAAGAGCAUGCACCAUACUUACACCACAUUUACUAAA